CCUUGUCGCGGUGAGAAAGCUUCUUAACGAAAAGGUGUAUAUGAUUAAAGAAACAAAGAAAUGUAUAAAAUUCUUAAAACUUUGGGAUGGAAAAAUUGCCCCCUCUUGAAAAAAAUUCUGCGGACGCCCUUGUCUGUAACUUCACUACUAUCAAUUUUAAAACAACACCCAUGUUUUAAUAAUUUGCCAAAACAUGCAAAAUCUCUUUUAAAAACUCCUCGUACAACAAAUGUUCGUGAAAUGUCACCAGGACAAUUUUGUUAUUUUGGCAUUGUACCUAUUCUUGAAUCUUAUUUUCGACGUUACGAAGAUAAAAAUGAAAAUCAUAUAAAACUUCAAGUAGGCAUCGAUGGGCUUCCUAUAUCUCAAUCUUCCGAAAAUCAGUUGUGGCCAAUACUUGGUUCAAUUGUACCAUUUUCUGAAGUAUUUUUAAUUGGCUGUUACUUCGGAAUGUCUAAACCAUCUGAUUCUAAUUUAUUUUUAGAAGACUUUGUGGAAGAAUGUAAAAUUCUAUAUGGGAGCGAUGUACUAAAUAAUAACAAAGUCAUAAAAUUUUCAAUUCAUAGUUUAAUAGCAGAUGCUCCCGCAAAAUCAUUUCUAACUUCAACUAAAGGGCACAGUGGAUAUCACAGUUGCUUGAAAUGUAAUAUUGAAGGCAGUUAUAUUAUGAAUCGCGUUUGUUUUCCUGGUACUAAUUUUCAAGAAAGGACAAAUGAACUUGCAAGUAAACAAUUUGAUAAAAAUUAUCACAAAGAAUAUUGUAAACUAGUAGAAAUACCAGAUUUUGGUUUAGUUACCAACAUACCUUUAGAUUAUAUGCAUCUAAUAUGUAUUGGUGUUGUAAAGAAAUUGAUAAAAUUAUGGCUAAGUGGCUCUUUAAAAGUAAGAUUACCAGCAUUUAAGGUAAAACAAAUAUCCGAUUCAUUAAAAAAUAUAAGAAGUUAUAUUCCAAAAGAAUUUUCGAGAAAACCUCGUAAUUUGGAAGAUGUUAGUAAAUGGAAAGCAACUGAAUUGCGACAAUUUUUAUUAUAUACAGGGCCAUACAUUCUGAAAAAAAUUUUACCAUUAAAUAUAUACACAAAUUUUAUUCUUUUACAUACUGCCAUUCGAAUUCUAGUAUGCCCAAAAUUACAUAUAGAAAAAGUUAAUAACGCUGAAAAAUAUCUAAAACAGUUUGUAAGAUCUUUCGAAAAAAUAUACGGCAAGCACUUAGUGUCCCACAAUAUUCAUUAUUUAUUACAUUUGACUAAUGAUGUACGAAAAUUUGGGACACUUGACACAUUUAGUGCAUUUAAAUAUGAAAAUUAUAUGAAAACUAUAAAAGCCUUGAUUAGAAAAGCUGAUCGUCCACUGCAACAAUUAUGUAAUAGAUAUGCAGAACUUAAAGCAUGUGAAGAUAUUAAUGAAAAAUUGUCACAUUUAUCUAAACAAAAAUUUCAUGGUAUACAUUGUAAGGGACCUCUUCUCUAUGGCUACAAUAAUCCUCAAUAUUCGAAAAUAUUUUUCGAAAAAUAUAUCCUUACAACAGAAAGUCCCAAUAACUGUUGUAUUUUGAAAGAUGAUUCUAUUAUUUUAAUUUCAAAUUUUGCGACGUCAAUAUCUGGAAACAGUUAUAUAAUUGGAAAAAAAUUUUCCAAAAAAAAAAUGUGUAUAUAAAAGUCCACUACCAUCAUCAUUAUUCAAUUGCUUUCGAGUUUCAAAUUUAUUGGAAUUUGAAGCCUGGUCUGUUUCCGACAUUGAAAAGAAAAUUAUGUUAUUUCCUCAAGGAAAAUAUUAUGCUGCAAUACCUUUGUUACAUUGCGAAACAUCAUCCAAAUCUUAAAAUUAGAAAAGCACUUAUGAUGAGCAAUUAAAGUGUAAAAUAUCAUGUAGUUGAAUUUGAAGAUGGGCUUGAAAUUGUUCCAUCUUCAUGGGUAAAAGAUAAGAAUAUAUGCAAAUAUCCUGCAACUAAAUCCAAGAAAAAGAAAGAUAAAGUCGUUAUCAAUAACGUACAACCGGAUUCAAGUUGGAAAAAUUAUGCCAUUUUAAGGACAUUUGCAGUAUGCGACACUUAUGAAGAAGCCUGUUUAAAAUGUGAUAAAGCAGAAUAUGUAUCAGAUAUGAACACAGAUAUGGAUGACAAUGACAAAGAAAACAAUUUUAUACAAGAAUUAACAUGCCAAAACAAAGAAAAGUAUAUAAGAAAAGUAUAUAAUAGUGA